GAGGCGGCGAGUAGUGUUAGUUUCAGUUUCAGGUUGCUCAAUUUGGUCUUUUGUGCAUCAAAAGAUUAUCAUAAUCGUUGGACUAGACGACAAAUCAUAGUAUUGGUGAUUGGAUUUUCUUUGAGUACCGUUGGUGUGGAUCAAUCAUAGAGAGUGAUUGAAUUUUCAGUGUGCCAACCUUUUUGUAUUUCUCUUGGGUUGUUAAAAUUGAACCGGUUUUAGUGGGUCGUCUUAUAUGAACACAGAUCAAGGUAAGUUCUUUAUUGAGGAAUAUCAUGAAGAUAAACUGCGAGAUAAGUCCAAAGUGUAUGGGGAGGUCGAUGAAACGGUCAUCAUGAAAGAUCGGGCAACUGAUGUGCUCGUGGUUUUGGUUUUGUCAUUUUUGCGGAUCCCGCUAUAGCCGAUCGUGUUGUCAACAAGACGCACAUUAUCGACGGGAGAACGCUCGAAGCGAAGAAGUUUGUGUCCAGGGAUGAACAACCAAAAUAUUCCAGAAGUAGUAGUGAUGAUUGGGUCCGAUUAGUCAUACUAGUACUAAUAAGUAUUUGUUGGUGGCUUAACAUCUAAUCUGACGGAGUACGACUUCAAAGAGUAUUUUGAGCAAUUUGGUAUCAUCACUGAUGUUGUUGUCAUGUAUGAUCACAACAUACAAAGGCCUCGCGACUUUGGUUUUAUCACCUUUGAUUCGGAAGACAUUGUUGAUAACGUUCUUCAAAAAUCAAUCUAUGAGUUCAAGGAGAAGAUGGUGGAAGUCAAACAUGCCAUAUCAAAAGAGUUCUAUGAUGGUUCCGGUUGUAACAUUGCGGAUUUCAGUGGUGGUGGACAUGAUGAUAGCUACGGCAGUGAUUACGGUCAGGAUUAUAGUUCUAGCCCAGGUAGAUACGAUGAAAGAGGAGAAAAUAGUUAUGGUCUGAAUCUUGGAAAAAGAGAUGGCUAUGCAGGGUACUAGACAACUAGUUAUGGAAUAAGUGGAGGAUAUGAUGCUCAAAAGAAUGACAACUGAGGUGGAAGUGAUUAUGACAAUAAUGC